GAAGAUGCCGAAACUGGGACGAAAAAAAUGCCAGUGCGUGCUGUGACCACCAGGUUCAUGUACAAGGGACUUUGCACUAUUCCAGAUGUCCUCACCUACCGGACCCCUGUUAACCUGCCUGAGGAUGAGGUGGAAGAGAUCCGUGAGGCUUUCAAGGUAUUUGACCGCGAUGGGAAUGGCUUUAUCUCAAAGCAGGAGCUGGGAAUGGCCAUGCGCUCGCUGGGCUACAUGCCUAACGAAGUGGAGCUGGAGGUUAUCAUCCAGAGACUUGAUAUGGAUGGUGACGGCCAGGUUGGCUUUGAAGAGUUUGUCACGCUGCUCGGGCCCAAACUGUCUGCCGCAGGAAUGCCUGAUAAGUUCCACGGAGCAGACUUCGACUCUGUGUUUUGGAAGUGCGACAUGCAGAAACUGACGGUGGACGAGCUGAAGAGGCUGCUUUACGACACUUUCCGCGACCACCUCACUAUGAAGGACAUCGAGAACAUCAUCAUGACCGAGGAAAACCACCUCAACAGUCCGGAGUCCCACGUGGACAUUGACACGAGUCCGACACAACAGGAGAAACACACGUGUGUGCGGAAAAGCCUGAUUUGUGCCUUCGCUAUUGCAUUUAUCAUCAGCGUCAUGCUCAUUGCAGCAAAUCAAAUGCUCCGCAGAGGGAUGAAGUGAAUAUACGGUGCCAGCUGGUUGCAAAUGGAUUUGAGGAAGGACACUGGAAA